AUGAAUUUCCGAGAAAAGGUGCGGAAGGUGUUCCGUCGGUCCAGCAGUGGGUCCUCGUCCAAAUCCAAGGGCAAUGGAAUCAAGAUCGAAUACUAUAAACGCCAUGAAAUCCCCCGGUCCAAAUUCAAGGGCCCUUUCGAUCGAGAACAUCAACGCAAACUCGCAGCAUGGUCAUUCGGCGAGGCUCAAGAAGAGCGGCCGCGUACUCCCGACCUGUGUCUAUCCCCAUGUGCGUCGAUACCGGACUAUCUGCGAUCUCAUUACGAAGACGAGGAGGACCUGGCCCCCGAUCAGAUCCCGACAGCAGCACCAGAAGUAGACGUGACAGUUGCAUCACCCUCUGUUCACCCCGACGAAUACGCCUGCGGCCGACAGGGAGACAGUGGUUCGUCGUCAUCAACGGCCGUGGAGCCCGAAAGCUACAGCGAAUCGAUGAUGACGCUCUAUGCCGACGUCGACCCGGUCGACACGAUCGCCCAGCUGAAGGAAACGAUCCGUUACACUUCCCCGGUCGUACGAGCCAUUUCGCCGCCCCCCUUGUCACCCAAGGGGUGUUACAUGCCAUUCUCACCGGAAGACUUGACACGGGCGUUGAACGCCGUGCAGAUCUGCUCAUAG